AUGGAGGACGCAGGCGCACGCAUUCAGCGACAGCGUGCUUACACAAGCCGCAUACUGCCACAUGCACGUCCAGGGCUUCGCAAUCCUCCAGGUCUCGGCGCGGUAGCCACUCGUCGUCUUCUGGCCCAUGCUCUUCUCGUCUAUGAUUCUGCCAAUGAAGUUCUCAGAACCCGUCCCCGAACCACCCUCAUCCCCCCUGACGUCUAUUUCUUCAGACAAUACACCCGCCCACCAUAUUGUACCUACGAAAAGCUCUCGGCGGGCGAACUCACGCCGGAAGUCGCUCGUGAUUGGGACAACGCCUGUACGACGUAUUUCAUGCACAAAAAAAUCGAUGCCAAGGACCAGGUGAAAAUGAUCGCGUUCGGAAUGUUAGACCCUCGCCUUCGCACUUGGUACUUGACUCAAAGAGCAACAUUGGACGGAGGAACAUUCACCCAAUACAUGACGGCCCUCAAGAAUGCCUGGCUCGAAAGUCAUUGGGACACCAAACUUCGUAGAAAGGUUCUUGGAUCCCAACAGGGAAACCGGCCGUUCUAUGAGUGGGCUCUAGAGUUACAGAAUCAGAACGCGUUGUUAUAUGGCAGUACGACACACCUGACAGAUGCACAAUUACGGAACCAACUCGAAGCAAACAUUUGCGAGGAAUUGACCAUUCCUGUACUUAGGGCGAAUCUCGCCGACAACCUCACACUCAAGGCAUGGAUCGAAGAGGUCAAAUAUCUCGACGAUAAACGUCUCGAAGACCUCGCUGCCCAUAGAAAGAUAGCUGAAGACCUAUACAAGUCAUCUAGACGCGCCGCACCCACUAGCGCUCAUCGUCUUCUCGCUUGGGUUCACUAA